CCGCGCGCUCCCGCCCUCUGCCCGCCCCCCGGCUCCUUCCUUCUCCCAGUUUCUGCGCCGGCGGCGGUGCGGGAGGGAGGCGGCGAUGGCCGAUGAGAUCGCUAAGGCUCAGGCCGCCCGGCCUGGUGGUGACACAAUCUUCGAGAAGAUCAUUCGCAAGGAAAUCCCAGCCAAAAUCAUUUUCGAGGAUGACCAGUGUCUUGCUUUCCAUGACGUUUCUCCUCAAGCACCAACACAUUUUCUGGUGAUACCCAAGAAGCAUAUCUCCCAGAUUUCUGUAGCAGAAGAUGAUGAUGAAAGUCUUCUGGGACAUUUAAUGAUUGUUGGCAAGAAAUGUGCUGCGGACCUAGGCCUGAAGAAGGGUUAUCGAAUGGUGGUCAAUGAAGGCUCAGAUGGGGGACAGUCUGUCUAUCAUGUGCACCUCCAUGUUCUCGGAGGUAGGCAGAUGAAAUGGCCUCCUGGUUAAACAUGUCUUAUGGAUAAUUUUCCCUUCUUUAGGCAAUGAUCAAUUUUGCAAAUUCUAAUAUGUUAAACAGUACACUUAUAUUUGCCUGUGUAUGGACAAAUUGAGGAAAUAAUUUGAAAAACUCAUACAUAAUAAAAGACAUUGUUGCAUGGUCUGAA